UGCUCAGCUUGGCUUGGCGAGUCCAGACUCUGCUUUCUCCGGGAACCACCUUUCAGCUUGUUGAGUUACUCAGGUCAACGCUUUGCCAUGCAAGAGGUUGCUCUGAGCCUGUUGGUCCUUCUAGCGGGCCUGCCUACUUUGGAUGCCAAUGACCCUGAAGAUAAAGAUAGCCCCUUCUACUAUGAUUGGUACAGCCUCCGAGUCGGCGGGCUCAUCUGUGCAGGGAUUCUCUGUGCCCUGGGCAUUAUAGUCCUUAUGAGUGGCAAAUGCAAGUGCAAGUUCAGGCAGAAACCCAGUCACCGUCCAGGAGAUGGGCCGCCUCUCAUCACACCAGGCUCGGCUCACAACUGCUGAAGAUGGACCGGUUACAAGAGCACAGGUCCUGGCUCUGGAGGUGGCCUUGAACUCCGAGAUGACUGGUCCCCUCCUCUCCUGACACUGCCUGCCCCGGCCUCAUCUCACCCCUCGUGGUAACAGGCUCUUUGUUCCGUUUUUAAUAUUAAAUGAUUUUACAUCAUG